GUUUGAGUGGUGUUUGGAAGUUCGAUACUCGGAACGGAUUACGAAAAGUGCAAUCAGUGAUCGCAGGAGGGGUUGUCUUGUCACCUGGGGUUUUAAGUGUGAAUGAGCUUUGCUUCUUUGUUCAGUGUGUGUUGCUUAAUUUUAAUAUUUAUUCGACAAAAGUCGUGGGGCUACGGGGCAGAUCAUGACGAUCAUGAUGAAAUAUUUAGUGGUCAAUGUUGUGCUUCUGUUUACCGUUGGUGUCAUAAGUGAAACAACAAGGCCCAACAUAAUUCUCAUAGUGGCUGAUGAUUUGGGCUGGAACGACGUGAGCUUCCAUGGAUCAUCUCAAAUCCCGACGCCCAACAUCGACGCCCUGGCGUACAACGGAAUCAUCCUGAAUCGGCACUACACUCCGCCACUUUGUACUCCAUCCAGGGCGUCACUAAUGACCGGGAAACAUCCGCUAACUUUGGGGAUGCAGCACCACGUGAUUGAGGUGAAUGAACCGUGGGGUCUCGGAUUGGAGGAAAAGCUGCUGCCUGAAUAUUUCCGAGAAGCGGGAUAUCGGACCCAUUUGGUUGGGAAAUGGCAUCUGGGAUUCUUCCGGAAGGCUUACACACCAACGCAAAGAGGUUUCGAAAGUCAUUUCGGCUACAUCGGGCCGUACAUUGAUUACUGGGAUCACAGCCAUCAGAUGAGUGCAAAUUCCACCCGAGGUUUGGACAUGCGACGCAAUAUGGAACCGGAUUUUGGCGUCAACGGAACCUACGCGACAGAUCUGUUCAACGAUGAAGCCAUUCGGCUAAUCAGGGAACACGAUCAGCAAGAUCCGUUGCUACUGGUGCUUACCCAUUUGGCUCCCCACACCGGAAACGAAGACAACCCGAUGCAAGCCCCUCGGGAGGAAGUGGAGAAGUUCUCCUUCAUCAAGGACGAAAAGCGACGAACCUUGGCAGCGAUGAUUUCGAAAGUGGACCAAGGUGUGGGUCACGUAAUGGCAGCGCUCGAGGAAACAAAUAUGCUUAAUAACAGCAUUGUGCUCUUCUACGCCGAUAAUGGAGCUCCCACAGUUGGACAACAUGCCAAUGGAGGAUCGAACUUUCCACUGAGAGGACAAAAAUACUCUCCUUGGGAGGGAGCGGUUCGUUCGGUGGCUACCAUCUGGAGUCCACUGCUAAACACCACCAAUCGGGUAUCGAAUCAAUGGAUACACGUCAGUGAUUGGCUGCCAACAUUGGCUCACGCAGCUGGAUUGGAUCCAAUCCCGAUCGGUAGCCAAAUUGAUGGCCAGAACCAGUGGGAAACGCUUCAGAAUCCGGAAGAGAUCGGUCGAACCGUGUUGAUGAACAACAUCGAUCAGAUGCAUCACUAUAGCAGUUACAUCAAGGAGGGCUGGAAAUACGUAAACGGGUCAACUUGGAAGGGCAAAUACGACACCUGGCUGGGAGCUGUCGAUCAAGAGGAUCAAGUUAGUGACGAAGAGUAUGCCAUUUUACUGUCGGAAUCAAUAGUCGGCCAGCUGUUGCCGAUAGAUUUAGAUGAAGUUGCUGAGAUGCGGAAGGCUGCAACGGUCCAGUGUACUUCGAGGUCCAAACAAACUCGCUGCGAGCCAAUGAGAUCGGCUUGUCUUUUUAACCUGAUCAUCGAUCCAUGUGAACGGAAUAAUGUCGCUGCAGAACAUCAGGACAUUGUGAAGGAGCUGCACGAAGACAUCGAACGGUAUCGAUUGGUGGCAGCUCCACCACGAAAUAAGCCAGGAGAUCCACUUUCAGACCCGAAGUACUACGAAAACGUUUGGACCUGGUGGGAGGAUGAACUGGAUCGGUUGCAGGAUUUCAAGUUCCCGAUAGCGAUCUGUCUGAUGAUGAUUGUGAUAGGUGCCAUCCUGAUGGCAAUGGUGAAGCCCAUUUUGUGUCCAUCUGUAAAUCGAAGUAAAUUUGUUGGUAGAGAUUGA